UACUUUUGAACGAUUUAGCAGCGCGAUGGGAGGUUUGCAGCCGCGACAGGGAGGAGGAAACACGAAACACAACUCAAGGAAGUCUUCGCGUCAUUUGUACAAUGAAGAGGCGAGUGUGAGGAGCUUCCGGACGCUGUGACAAUGAUCCGGACACUCAGCGGGGCGACUGUGAAGGCUGCCGGGGCGGCGCGGCCGACACGGGGCGUUACAACGAGACGGCUGCACAGCGCGUAUGACGUGGCUGUAGUGGGCGGUGGCAUCGUCGGCCUGGCAACAGUCAGAGAGCUAAUUCUGCGACACCCGUCCCUCCGCUUCAUCCUGCUGGAGAAAGAAAAAGAGCUCGCUGUGCACCAGAGUGGGCACAACAGUGGAGUCAUUCACAGCGGGAUCUACUACACGCCGGGGUCGCUGAAGGCCCGUCUGUGUGUGCGAGGAGCCACUUUGGCCUACGAGUACUGCGACAAGAAAGGACUCCCGUACAAGAAAUGCGGAAAGCUUAUCGUGGCUGUGGAGCAAGAGCAGAUACCCCGACUGCACGCUCUGUACGAACGCGGCAUGAAGAACAACGUGCCCGACCUCAGCAUUAUCGACGCCAAGGGAAUCCGAGAGCGAGAGCCAUACUGCAGGGGUAUCAUGGCCUUGGACUCGCCUUACACCGGCAUUGUGGACUGGAGGAUGGUGGCUCUCAGGUACGGGCAAGACUUUGAGGAGGCGGGCGGCACGGUGGUGACUGAAUCCGAGGUCAAUGACAUCGCCACGGUCACGGAGAGCCCAGCUGGGAGUACUGAAGGAAUGAAAUAUCCAAUUGCAAUCAGAGACAAAAAGGGCAACGAGGUGCGGUGCCGCUACGUCCUCACCUGCGGCGGCCUGUACUCUGACCGGCUGUCACAGAUAUCUGGAUGCAGUCGGGAGCCUCGGAUCGUCCCCUUCAGAGGAGAUUACUUGGUGUUGAAGCCGGAGAAACACUAUCUGGUCAAGGGGAACAUCUACCCUGUCCCCGACCCUCGUUUCCCCUUCCUUGGAGUUCACUUCACCCCGAGGAUGGAUGGAAGCGUUUGGCUCGGCCCCAACGCAGUCCUCGCCUUCAAGCGGGAGGGUUACAAAGUCUACGACUUCAAUGUUCGAGACUUUGUAGAUGCGCUCUCGUUCAGGGGCCUUCAGAAGCUGGUAUUGAAGAACAUAACCUACGGGAUUGGAGAAAUGUACAGAGGGGUUUUCAUCGGUGCGCAGGUUAAAAUCCUGCAGAAGUACAUCCCUGAACUCUCGCUGAGCGACGUAAUCAGGGGUCCUGCGGGGGUUCGAGCUCAGGCUCUCGACCGGGACGGAAACCUCGUGGACGACUUUGUGUUUGACGGCGGGGUCGGGGACGUGGGCAGUCGGGUGCUCCACGUGCGGAACGCUCCCUCGCCGGCGGCCACCUCCUCCCUCGCCAUCGGUGAAAUGGUUGCGGACGAGGUGGAGAGUCGCUUCGCGCUGUAGAGCAACGCGGCGACGGCAGAAGGAAGGAACGGAAACUCCAAAUAUUCCAGCAUGAGGCGGCGAAGGGAGACCGUGUUGCAUCGAGCUGUCGCCAUGGAGACAUUUCCUUUCAGGUCCAUCCUUUUAUUUAGGAGGAUAAAGUACUAUAACUUUGACUUGAUCACAUUUUUUUACUUGAUGCAUCUUACUUUCAUGACACUACAUUUCAAGUCAUAAAAUAUAUUUUUUUUUCUGCACUACAUUACUGUUUUAAAAAAAAAUUAUUCAGCUACAAUAAUAUUUUUGUAAUAUGAACAUACCUUUUUACAGAUUGACCUUUUUAAAAUAUUUUGUGUGUGUGUGUGUGUGUGUGCAUGUGUGUGUGUGUGCGCCUGCCAAAACUGGUUUUGGAGAAAUAAAUCUCCCAAAGAUUAUUUUACAAAGAAAAAAGCAGAUGAAUUGUUUUCCCCCCAAAAAAUGGUAUCAUUAAAUGUAAAAACUGGAUGAUCGUUGAGAGUUUUGUGCCGACAAUCAGUUUGAGAAAGGUGGGGGUCGUUUUUUCAAGAUUGUUGAAACUAGUUUAUGAAGAACUGGGUUGUUGUUGUUUUUUACUUUGGACAGUUUUUUUCUGCCAAAUACUGUAAACAUAAAAAAAAAAAUGUUGAAUCAAAUCACCAGCAAAUAUUUCACUCUGUCAAAUUUACUAGUUAACACUUAAUAGUGAACACUUUAUUGAGUUUUCCGUUGUCUUUUAUACUUCAAGUUUUCUACUUUUCUGGGUGCUGUUUAAUUAAAAGCAGUCCCAUUAAUUCCUGAAAGAAGCACCGUUUCAGUUUGUCCACAAGGGGGCAGACUCACAGCAACCAAUGUCCUGUAUGAGCCACAAUGUCCGCUUAAAACAAUAAUUUGAUGGCAUUGAUCAAGCUAAAUGUUUUUUUAAUGUUUUUAUUGGAAAUUAUUGUACGAUUAUAAAAAUAAAGGAUUAAUUUGCAUCAA